AUGAACGACCAACUGCCUAUGCAGAUUCGCUCGCGGAGAUCACACAAUAAAUCCCGCGCAGGAUGUCAGAAUUGUAAGAAACGGCGUGUCAAGUGCGAUGAGAAAAAGCCACAUUGUACAAAAUGUGUGCGACACUCGAUCGAAUGUGAUUUUGCUUCCCCGGCCGCCUCGACCUCCCCCGAUCUAACCCGCCGAUUCCGGUUUCGACCAUCCAAAUAUCAAUCCGGUUCAAGAACAUCAUCCCCAAGCACCCGCACAGAAGCUGUAAUAAGCUCAGCUGCAUCCGCAUCCACUGGAGUGCAAUGUGAUCUCGCUGGAAGUGCCCUGUCCGGUGGCAUCUCGUUUGCCGACCUGAAGCUCUAUCACCAUUUUGUGACCUCAACCUACAAAACUCUUGCAGACGAGAAAAUGGACCACAGACGCGUCUGGUCCCAUCACGUUCCGCAAUGGGGCAUUUCAUUCCCCUCUGUUAUGCAUCUAAUUCUGGCGUUGUCGGCGCUGCAUUUGGCGCAUGAAGAUCCCGCUUCGCGCACGCAGUUCAUCGCUCAAGCUGACGAUCACUUCACUUUUGGGGUCCGAUCGGUAUCUGCUGUACUGUGCCUUCUGAACACGGAAAACUGUCAGCUAAUCUACAUGUCUGCGGCCCUCAUCUGCCUAGUGUAUUUUGGUCGUGGGCCCCGUCGAGGCGAGUAUCUGGUGUUUAGUGAUAUCGGCCGAUCCGAGUGGCUCAUCCUGUUGCAUGGCGUGCGUUCUAUUGUAACGCAAAAUCAUGAUCGCGUCUUCACCGGUGUUCUAGAACCGAUUCCGGACGAUAGUAUCGGCAGUGUGAGUGACGAGUUGCAGGCUGAACUGGACGAACAUCUGCAACAAGUCCGACAAGUCCAGGCUUUUAUUCGGUCUCAUGUAACCGAUGAAACGUCUCGAACCUUGUUUGAAGCUACCAUAAGUGAUCUGCUCUCGGCAUUUGAGGAAGUGUAUAAGAUGCGCAGCGCUGGGAAGGAUGGCAUUUUCCUGUUGCAUCUGGUGGUGGGGUGGGUGUACCGUCUACGGGCGGAGAUGAUCUCUCUUCUGGAGCAAAAGGACCGAUAUGCAUUGAUUCUCUUUGGGCACUGGAGUAUCUUACUGGCGUAUCAGCGGUCGUCGUGGCUAAUGCAGGGAUGGGAUGCGCAUGUGCUGCAUGGGGUGCGCACAUCUUUGGGAGAGGAAGACCAGCAAUGGCUUGCGUGGCCGAUCCAGGUGAUUGAAGGGGGAGUACCUACACCUAGCACUUCCAUGCUGUAA